AUGUUCGCUCAGUGCAAAGGCCCAAUCUGGGGCGUGGACGAUUUUUCCACCUGCUUCGAACUAGACUAUCUCUCGACAUUGUUCCCGCUCUUCGUUUGCGGCGUGUCCGCCAUUUAUCUCCUAAUACAGCUGUCCCUCGCCGCCACUGCGACACGGCACUACCACGCCUACUUUGCGCUCGACGGCGACGCAGCAGACAGCGACUCCGAGGAUGAGUUCGACCGCAAUGAGCAGAGCGCGCUGCUCCACCCUACCAUCAGCCGCCAGACCAUGUCCACAACGGUCGUAACCAAGCCGCGCGGCGAGAUCACGAUAGUCGUUCUAGAAGAGGCCGCCGUCCUGGCCCAGCUUGCGGUCCAUGUCGCUAUUUUCUUCACAAACACUUCAGGACGACAUGGUAGAACCGCCGCUAUUGCGAACAUCGCCGUCUGGUCUUACAUUGCUACGCUUGCCUCGCUCCGCUUGCUAUUCUCCAGCACGAGCAGCUGGUCUUUCCCGAAGCUGUGGUACCACACUGCCUUCAUCUACGGUUUCCAAUGGCUCUUCUCGACCCUGCUCCUUCGCUCCGCAAUCAUUCACCCACGAUCCGACGUCCAGCAGAAGCUCGCCAUCGCCGACUUCGUCUUCGUUUCGCUACUGUUCAUAAUCUCGCUCACGUCUCGCAAGGGCAACAAGGCUGUAGAGCUGGAGUAUGAGGGAGACAUUUUGCCGGCCAGAGAGCCUACAGCGAGCGUCUUCUCCCUUGCUACCUUCAGCUGGGUCGACUCGAUCGUCUGGACUGGAUACAAGAAGACAUACGAGCUCUCAGAUGUCUGGAAUCUUGCGCCCAAGGACAAGGCGGCAGCUGUCAUUUCAAACUACCGUCAGGUUAAGCGAACGUCGCAACUGGCCUAUCACCUCUUGGGAUACUUCAAGCGUGGCCUCCUCAUUCAGGCAGGCUGGGCUGCAAUGUCUGGCUUUCUCACAUUUGCCCCUACAUUGCUUCUGAAAGCCAUCCUGGAGUACGUCGAAGCUCCCGAUCUGACGCCGCAGAAUGCGGCUUGGUUCUACGUCCUCCUGCUUUUCGUUUCCGGGUGUCUCUCGGCGCUCGCAGACGGGCAGGCACUGUGGAUUGGUCGGAAGAUCUGCAUUCGUCUGCGCGCAGUCAUCAUCGGAGAAAUCUACGCAAAAGCGCUGAAGCGCAGAGCCGCUGCUACGACAGAUAAAGUCCUUGGGGAAGAGAAGAAGAAGACAGGCGACGACGACAAAGACAAGAAGCAAGGCACUAUCAAGAGAAUGAUGACUUGGGGCAGGAAGAAGAAGAAGACACCGACCGAGGGCCCGAAGCAAAACGACGAAGACAACACAAAGCCCGAGUCGGAUGCGCAGGUCACCACCGGCGCCAUUAUCAAUCUCAUGGCUGUGGACGCUUUCAAGGUCAGCGAAAUUUGUGCGUACCUUCACUUUCUGUGGGCCAACACUCCUGUACAAGUCGUGGUCGCCGUAGUCCUGCUCUAUCGUAUCCUCGGCUACAGUAGUAUUGCUGGCAUUGGAAUGAUGAUCAUCCUUCUUCCAAUCAACAUGUACGUUGCAAGCCAGUUCUCCAAGAUCCAGAAGCUCAUCUUGGCGGCCACCGACGCUCGAAUUCAUACUACGAACGAGGUCCUCACCAACAUUCGCAUUAUCAAGUACUUCGCCUGGGAGCAGCGCUUCAUCGGCCUUGUAAACGAGAAACGUCAUGUCGAGCUGAAGCACCUCCGCCGACGAUACAUCCUGUGGGCGGUAGCGGCCACUAUCUGGUCUGGAUCUCCGGUCUUCAUUACUUUCCUCUCGUUCUUCGUCUACACGAACGUUGAACACAAGGCUCUGAUUCCUUCUGUUGCGUUCACAGCGUUGUCGCUGUUCCAGAUUCUCAGGAUCCCACUGGACCAACUGGCUGAUAUGGUCGCCCACGUUCAAGAGUCGAGGGUCUCCGUGGACCGUAUUGAGGAGUACCUGAACGAACCGGAGACUGAGAAGUACCUGCAAUUGACAACCAAUGAGAAGGACGAGAACGGACAGUCCGUCCUCGGAUUCAAUAAGGGCACUUUCAGUUGGGGUGGCAAAGACAUGAAGGACCAAGCCUCUGCUGACGCGUUCAAAUUGAUGGACAUUAAUGUCAAGUUUAAGGUCGGACAGCUCAACGUCGUUGUUGGGCCGACUGGAUCUGGAAAGACAUCGCUACUCAUGGCCCUACUGGGAGAAAUGACAAAGCUGAAGGGCGAUGUCUAUCUUCCUGGAGGUGGCAGCCGCGAAGACCUCCGUCCUGACCCCGAGACUGGGCUCCUCGAGAGUGUAGCCUACUGCGCACAACAGGCUUGGCUUGUCAACGGUACCGUCAAAGAGAACAUCGUCUUUGCAGGUGAUUGGGAUGCGCAACGAUAUGAGGAUGUCAUUGUGGCUUGCUCACUAAAGCGCGAUCUUGAGAUCCUGGACGGAGGCGAUGAGACUAUUGUUGGCGAAAAAGGUGUCACUCUCUCUGGUGGCCAGAAGCAGCGCAUUUCGCUCGCCCGUGCUAUGUACAGCAAAGCGCGCCACGUCUUGCUCGAUGAUGUUCUCAGCGCUGUCGAUUCUCACACCGCCAAGUGGAUCUUUGAUUACGCCCUCAAUGGUGAGCUUAUGCUCAACCGCACAUGCAUUCUUGUCACACACAACGUCAGUCUGUGCUUACCUUAUGCUGAAUUCGCUGUCGUUCUUGAGAACGGCAGGGUUGUUACACAGGGAACAUCUGACGAAGUCAUUGACUCCGGCAAGCUUACGGAAGAGGUCUCCAAAUCCAGGCCUGCCUCUCGUGGCGCUUCUAAACCUCCUUCAGGUGUUCCCUCGGAUGCAGGUGGCGAGGAGGCUGGAGGCGAGGUCAGCCACACGAACGGCUCUUCCAACGGCAAUGCAAACGGCAAAGAUACUAAGAAGGCAGCCAGCAAUCCCCUAGAAGAAACCAAGGCGGAAGGCGGCGUGAAACUAAGCAUUAUCCUGAUGUAUCUGAAGGCUAUGGGUCCCUGGUACUACUGGGUUGGUGCUUCCAUCGCUUUCGUCGCGCAGCAGAUCUCAUCUGUAUCGACAAACGUCUGGAUUCGAACUUGGGCGAAUGCAUACGCAGAGAAGGGCAUGUCCACCAUGGGACACCACAAUCGCUCACCUAUCACUCAUGCGCCGACGCUGUUUGGAUCUGGCACUUGCCUCAACAGCGGCACUUGCAGCUGGAACAUCCCGUUCAUGGACCGGCCUGAGGAAAAACCCUACAUCUACAGCUCCUACAUGCAGACAACGUUCGGAACUUCUGAUGAUUCAGGUGUUGACUCGACUUACUUCCUUGUCAUCUACGCCAUCCUCGGUCUGAUCUUCAUGUUCAUCACUUUCCUUCGCGAAGGCUUCCUGUUCGGUGGUUCGCUUGCCGCAUCUCGACGGGUGCACGAGCGACUCAUCCAAAAGGUGACUCAUGCAAAGUUCCGUUUCUUCGAUCAGACGCCCCUUGGUCAGCUCAUGAACAGGUUUUCGAAGGACAUUGAGUCUGUCGAUCAGGAGGUUGCACCUGUUGCCAUCGGCGUAGUCCAUUGCCUCGCGUCCAUCAUCACCAUUGUCAUCCUCAUUUCGGUCAUCACGCCCGCUUUCCUCAUCGCAGGUGUCUUCAUAUCCGUGCUCUACUUCCUUAUCGGUCGCUUCUAUAUCAACUCUUCCCGCGAUCUCAAGCGUCUCGAGUCUGUCCACCGCAGUCCGUUGUACCAGCAGUUUGGCGAGACUCUGUCUGGCAUGACAACGAUCCGAGCCUACGGCGACGAGCGCCGCUUCAUUCGCGAGAAUCUCGCCAAGAUUAAUACUCAACAUCGACCGUUCAUCUACCUUUGGGCGGCUAACAGAUGGCUCGCUUUCCGAGUGGAUGUCGUUGGUGCGUUGGUGUCUUUCUUCGCAGGCACUUUUGUUGUUCUCAGCGUUGGCAAGAUCGAUGCAGGUGCGGCUGGUCUUGCUCUCACCUACGCUGUGACCUUCACGGAGAACGUGCUGUGGUUCGUGCGCCUAUACUCUGCCAACGAGCAGAACAUGAACUCGGUCGAACGUGUCAAAGAGUACCUGGAUGUCGAUCAAGAAGCACCAGCUGUCAUUUCAGAGACAAAGCCACCAUCGAACUGGCCUAGCAAGGGAUCUGUUGAAUUCAUCAACUACAGCACACGCUACAGGCCCGACUUCGACCCUGUCCUCAAGAAUGUCACUUUCAAGAUCUUGCCUGGGGAGAAGGUCGGUGUUGUUGGCAGGACAGGUGCUGGCAAGAGUUCCCUGGCUCUGGCUCUUUUCCGCGCGUUGGAAGCAGAGAAGGGUAAGAUUCUUAUCGACGAUGUCGACGUCGGAUUGAUCGGCCUUCAAGACCUGCGAGAGAACAUCGUUAUGGUUCCGCAAGAUCCGACCCUAUUCACCGGAACUAUCCGCAGCAACCUUGACCCUUUCUCUGUCUUUACUGACGAAGAGAUUUUCACCGCUCUCCGCGAAGUCCAUCUCAUCUCCUCGGCCUCAGCCGCGACAUCCGGCACUGCGACUCCGGUCGGGACCAGCACACCCCCCAACGCCAUUGAGAUCCCCAAACCCACAACCGGCGCCGUUACAGCCGAUGUCAACGCCAGCUACACGGGUGCCUCGACCGUCAACCCCGGCUCCAUCCUUGCUAACCGCGAAUGGUCGCACGGCGAAGUAGGCGACGAGACCAUUGUUGUCAUGCCAAACGGUGAGGUUGUGGAUGAAGAUGCAGCGGCCAUCAACACCCUGCAAACGGACAACAAGAACCCGUUCAAGAAUCUCAACUCACUCGUCAGCGAGUCCGGAUCCAAUCUCUCGCAAGGCCAGCGCCAACUCUUGUGCCUUGCUCGCGCGCUGCUCAAGGCGCCCAAGGUACUACUCAUGGACGAAGCCACUGCAUCCAUCGACUACGCGACGGACAGCAAGAUCCAGGAGACGAUCCGACUGAUCAAGAACACGACAAUCACCAUCGCGCAUCGUCUGCAGACCAUAAUCGAUUACGACAAGGUGCUGGUGCUGGACAAAGGAGAGGUCAUUGAGUUUGGCGACCCGCACACGCUCAUCACAAAGGAAAGCGGAAGCUUCAGGAGCAUGUGCGAGACGUCUGGAGAACUGGAGAGUCUCACAAAGACAGCGAAGGAGGCGCAAGAUGCCAAGGCCGCGUCGAGCUGA